GCCUGUGUGGAAUCGUGCAGGUUUUUUGUUUUUAUUAUUAUUAUUUUAUCUUUUUUUGGGAGGGGGAACGGGGGCCGUAUGACAGGAAGAUAGGGAUAUGGCGAGGAGAGGGGGAUAUGGAGCGGAGGAGGAGGAUGUGGUCGAGGAGGACGACGAGGAUAGCGAGGACGACGAGGAGUCAUCGAGAUGGGGGAGGAGAAGAGAUGGACGGAGGGAAAAGAGGAAGGGCAGGAGGAGGAGGACGAGUGGGAGGAGGAGGAGACAUGGACGGCGAGGAAGGGGAGGACACGAAGAAGGGGAGUGCACGAGGAAGGGAAGGAGGCGCGGAGGCAUGGAAGAUGAGGAAGUACGAGGAGGAGGAGGAGACAAGGAGGAUGAGGAAGGCCAGGAGGAGGAGGACGAACGGGACGAGGAGGAGGAGGAGGAGGAGGAGGAGAUGGAAAGGAGAAGGGAGGAGGAGACAUGGAGGAUGAGGAAGGGGAGGAGGAGCAAGAUGAGGAAACUGAGGGAUUUCCACUUGCAGUUGCUGAGUGUCGCUUUGGACUCUCCAGCCACUUCUGAUGAAGCUGUUUGGACUUCAGAUAAGGCCUAUCUGUUUGCCCCGAGCAUUGGGAGGUCAAAUGACCUAAUCAUCGAUUUUCUCCGAAUUGACUGGCACCUGGUGGAUGAGGUAUUGACAGAUAAGGAAUGGAAGACUCAAGUGCAAGCCUUGAAGGACAAGUCUUCAAAAAGGAAAGCAGCAGAUGCUCUUGCUCCUGCUCCUAAAUGCCAAAUAAUUCUGGAACAAGGCCAGGUUGAUCACAUGGAUGCAUCUCCAUCUGAGAAAGUGGAGAAUCCAGUGUCAAUAGAUAUGCCCAUGGACUCGCAUAGUGUGGCACAGAGCGUGUUCCUUGUCAAUGGACAGGCAGAGGAAGCAAGUAUUGAGGGAAAUGUUGUGACUGCGAUUCAUUCUGGAAAGCGAUAUUUUGUGAUCGAGAUCCAUCAAAGCAUGGAUGCAAUGUCACCCUGUGAACUCAGCAAUUCCACCAUGUCACAUUAUGACUACUUCAAGGACAGGUGUGUUUUCCUAGUGUGAACAGUCCUCACUCUAUUUGCACCAUAGUUGCGGCGCACCACGGUGAGCCGGUUUGCGCACCGAAUGCCGUGCACCGCACG